CAGUUGCUAUUAGAUUGCCGGGCGGUUCGGAUGCGAUGUAUUGCGCAGCGCGAGUUCUUUAAACAAAACAUUCAGUUCAAAUAAUGUUUCGGAUCAAACAAAAUGUCAACAUUUAAUACGAAAGUUGAAUUAAUAAUUUAAAAACAAAAUGAAUAGUUUUGUGCAAUAUGUGGUAUUUGAGUGACAAAAUUUAUAAUAAAACGAUGCCAUAAAAUUGUACUUAGUUUUGAGAAAAUCGUAUUCUGUGCGUUGAAAAUUUCAAAAAAAAAAAAAAUAAUUUGAAUAAAAAAAAAACAAUACAAAAUAUAAAUGUUCAAACAAUUAAACUAAAAAGAUUUAAAUAAAUAAAAUUUAUUUAAAUAAAAAUUAAUUACUACUUUUGUGUUGUGUGUAAGUAGUGUGUGAAGUAGGCAUAAGAACUGCUUGGAAUAAUUAAGAACCGCAGCUGGCGUCAAAGAAUUGAAUUGGCCAGUUUGCAGGCAACUUUAAUUAAUCGGGAAAUAUCAUAAAUUGCAGAAGUUGCAGAAGUAGUGCGUUUUGAAUCAUUAAAAUGCAGUCCAAUUUGCAUACGAAAUAUCCAACUAACAAAACUAAACGCAACAAAACACUCAAACGCAGCAACAAAACUAACCUACACAAGAACAACACUGAAGAAGCUAACCAUGGCGUAAAGUAUGCGACAAUCGCCAUUGCUACACCAAAAAAAUGUAGUAAUGGCAACUGGAAGCAGGGCACUUACUUACCGUUGCUGUCGCCGCCGCUGUCGCCGUUGCCUUCGACGAUGCCUUGGCUGUGUUUCUUGUUCUUCUUAUUAGUCAGCGGUGGCUUGGAUGGAUUUAAGAAAGUUGCUGCACUUAAGGGUGAAAACCCACGCAUCAUUGAGCACCCCAUGGACAUGACUGUGCCAAAAAAUGGACCAUUCACAUUUAACUGUAAAGCGGAGGGUAGCCCAACACCAUCAGUUCAAUGGUUUAAGGAUGGUCAUGAACUCAAAGCUGAUACGGGAUCACAUCGCAUUAUAAUGCCAACUGGUGAUUUAUUUUUCCUUAAGGUCAUGCACACGCGACGGGAAAGCGAUGCUGGGAUGUAUUGGUGCCAAGCGAAGAAUGAGUUUGGAGUGGUGCGUUCGCGUAACGCCACACUGCAAGUUGCAUUUUUGCGUGAUGAAUUUCGGCUCGUACCGCAGAAUAUGCGUUAUGCCCAAGGUGCCAAUGCCAUAAUGGAAUGUGGCGCACCGCGCGGUUUUCCAGAACCGCAAAUUUCAUGGCGUAAGAAUGGGCAAACAAUGAAUUUAAAUGGCAACAAACGUAUACAAAUUGUUGAUGGUGGCAAUUUGGCCAUUCAGGAUGCACGCCAAUCCGAUGACGGACGAUACCAAUGCGUUGCCAAGAAUGUUGCUGGAACGCGCGAAUCGGCUACGGCAUACCUAAAAGUACAUGUACGCCCUUUUUUAAUACGAGGACCACAGAAUCAAACUGUUGUUGUUGGCAAUUCGGUUAUCUUUCAGUGUCGCAUUGGUGGUGAUCCAUUACCGGAUGUCCUGUGGCGACGUUCCGGUGGAAAUAUGCCGUUAGCACGCGUGAAAGUACUUUCGGAUCGCAGUCUUAGAUUGGACAAUGUUACCUUGGAGGAUAUGGGCGAGUAUAGUUGCGAAGCGGAUAAUGAUGUUGGCUCAAUAAGUGCGACUGGCGUUCUAACAGUACACGCGCCACCAUCAUUCACUAUACGCCCCAGAAAUCAGCUCGUAAAAAUCGGCAAUGAAGUAGUCUUUGAGUGUCAAGCAACUGGUUAUCCGAAACCUACAAUCUACUGGUCUGUUGAAGGUAACAGCUCUUUGCUUUUUCCUGGUUACAAAGAUGGACGUGUCGAGGUAACGCUGACACCUGAAAGACGUUCCGUUCUCUGGAUAUUACAUUUUGCACGUGAAGAUUCUGGAAAAGUUGUUGUAUGUAAUGCGCUCAAUGCUGUUGGCAGUGUUAGCAGUCGUACUGUUAUCACAGUGGACACACAAUAUGAUCUCCCACCACCAAUCAUAGAGCAGGGUCCUGUAAACCAAACCUUACCUGUAAAAUCUGGUGUUACUUUACCAUGUCGAACAAUCGGCAUUCCUAUGCCUGAAGUAGCUUGGUAUCUCAAUGGUAUACCCAUUGAUGUCAUCGAACAUGAGAGACGCAAUUUAUCGGAGACAGGUGCACUAACAAUUUCCGACUUGCAACGCAGUGAAGACGAGGGUUUAUAUACUUGUGUGGCCAGCAAUCGUAAUGGAAAAACAUCUUGGAGUGGUUAUUUACGCGUAGAUACACCUACAAAUCAUUAUAUUAAGUUUUAUCGUGCACCUGAACUUACAAUGUAUCCGGGGCCACCAGGCAAACCACAAGUAGUCGAAACAACAGAUGAUAGUGUGACUUUGUCUUGGGUGCGUAGCAAUAAAGUUGGAGCGUCAAGCUUAGUUGGUUAUGUGGUGGAAAUGUUUGCUAAAAAUGAAACGGACAGUUGGGUUAAGGUAGCGACACGUGUGCACAAUACGACAUACACACAAAUGGAAUUACUGCCUGGCGUUAAUUAUUACUUUCUCAUAAGAGCUGAAAACUCGCACGGAUUAUCACUCCCAAGUCCUAUAUCGGAACCUAUUGUAGUUGGCACGAAAUACUUUAAUAGUGGUUUGGAUUUAAGUGAAGCACGGGCGAGUCUUCUAUCUGGGGAUGUUGUGGAAUUGAAUAAUGUAACCAAUGUGGAUUCUACCAGUAUGAAAUUAACCUGGCAGGUAAUCAACGCUAAAUAUGUUGAAGGUUUCUAUAUAUACGCACGACAGUUGCCUGAUUCGGCUUACAAUACAGCAUCAACUCCUUUAAAUAGCAACAUUGCAAACGUUAAUCCUUUGCUAACAUCACGUAACAGUUACUCUUCAGCAGUAGUGUCAUCGCAAUCAUCAUCAUCGUCCGUAUCAGCAUCUUCCUCAACAGGAAUGAUUCCAGCUAAGCCCAACUUUGCUGCUGCCAGACGUGAUGCCUCAAAUACCGCAGACUUUUCAGACGCAUCAACAACCGCACAGAGCAGCACCACAUAUCGCAUGUUAACAAUACUGAACGGCGGCACUGCCUCAUCGUGCACAUUGACAGGUCUUCUGCAGUACACGUUGUACGAAUUUUUCAUCGUGCCAUUUUACAAAUCCGUCGAGGGUAAACCAUCGAAUUCACGCAUAUCGCGCACUCUGGAAGAUAUUCCGAAUGACGCACCAUUUGGCAUGGAAGCAAUACUGCUUAAUUCUUCAGCUGUGUUCCUGAAAUGGAAGGCACCAAAACUCAAAGCUGAGCAUGGUAUUCUACUUUUCUAUCAUGUCAUUGUGCGCGGCAUUGAUACGGCUCACAAUUUUUCGCGCAUUUUAACAAAUGUCACCAUUGACGCUGCCUCGCCUACCCUUGUCCUGGCUAAUUUAACUGAGGGUGUGAUGUACACAGUAAGCGUUGCAGCUGGGAAUAAUGCUGGCGUCGGUCCCUAUUGUACGCCUGCCACGCUACGUUUAAAUCCACUUACGAAACUUCUGGAUCCGUUUAUUAAUCAAAGGUAUACUAUUAAUCAAGAUCAUGCGGAUGAUGUAGUGACACAACCUUGGUUCAUUAUUUUGUUGGGAGCUAUAUUGGCCAUUAUGAUGCUAUCCUUUGGUGCAAUGGUCUUUGUAAAACGCAAGCACAUCAUGAUGAAGCAAUCCGCUUUGAGUACCAUGCGAGGUUCUCAUCACUCCAAUGAUGUGUUGAAAAUGCCUAACUUAUCCCGGAAUGGUAAUGGCUUCUGGCUAGAUGCAACGGCUGGUGGCAUGGUGUGGCGUACUUCUCCUAGCGGUGAUACGUUAGACUUGCAAAAGGAUCAAAUCGCUGAUUAUGCACCAGUUUGUUUAUCGACUAAUGGCAGCGGAAAUUCAUCACAAGAUCAAAUUGCAAAUGGCGAGCGAACGCAACAAAGAUACGUUGGCGAAUAUUCAAAUAUUCCGACAGACUAUGCAGAGGUGUCGAGUUUUGGUAAAGCGCCGAGUGAGUAUGGAGGUAUGCAACGGAAUAAUACAUCAUCACCGGCGCCCUAUGCAACAUCGUCCAUAUUGAAUAGCAACGAUGAACAGCCACGUUAUCAGCAACGUCCAGGUUAUGCAGCCCAACACCAACGUCAACAACACCAAAAACAACAACAAUUGCAAAUAAUACAGCACCAACGUCCCAUACAACAGAGUCACUACCAUCACCAGCAACAGCAGCAGCAGCAACAACAGCAAUCGCAGCAACAAAAUUCAAUUGGCAACAUUUAUCAGCAAAUGUCUACCACAAGCGAAAUUUAUCCGAGCAAUGUGGGCAAUCGAUCAGUUUAUUCGGAACAAUAUUAUUAUCCCAAGGAGAAAAUGAAUAUUACUGAGAAUAAACUUAGCAAUUGUCAUACUUAUGACUCUGUGUCGAAUCAACAACAUUUGGCUGGUGCCGGUACGCUCAAACGGAAUGUAGCAGGCAUAAAUCAAAGUGGACGCUUCAAAGUAUUAAACACUCAACCCCAAAACUUUCAAAUGCAUGCAACACCCGGCAACGCCUCCAAUACAGUACCCGCUAAAACAACAAUAACUGCAGCAAUUUGCGAAAAACAACAAAAAUUCAAUUCAUUAAAUAACAACAGCAGUUCCACUGGUUCAGGUAGUGCAGUCGGUAAUGUUGGUAAUGUUGGUGGUGGUGGUGUUGGCGUUGGCAUUGGUAUUGGUGUUGGUGUUGGUGUUGGUGUUGUUAACGGCAAUGACAAUCGAAGUUGCAACACACCAGAUCUAACAACAAUUUCUAAGAAUUUGAUGGAUUUAGACAGCUCUUCUUUCUGUUACAAUGGUAUGGCAGAUUCCGGUUGCGGUGGUUCACCUUCGCCAAUGGCUAUGUUAAUGUCACACGAUGACGAGCAUGUUCUAUAUCACACAGCAGAUGGUAAUAUUGAUGAUAUAGAACGUCUAUAUGUUAAAGUCGAUGAUGAACACCAGUAUGCAGUACAACAACCGCAACCACAACAGCAACAGCAUCAGCAUCAACCCCAAAUGUUGCCCAUGUCUGCAACGACUGCAAUGCAUCCUAACGCCAAUGGUGCUAACGAUAACGCUUUCAAUAACUGGCGUGUGCAGCCAAUACGUGCUUCCUACAAUCGCGGUGCUGGUAUUAAGAGUAACAGUAGCAUUGGUGGCAGCAGCUCGUUGAGUUCUUGCUCCGAAACCAAUGAAGACCGUCAACAACAGCUACAGAAAGUGUUGGCAACAAACUCGAUUUGCAAUGAGAACGACCUAAUCUAUGCACCCGGCAGUGUAGCUAGCGAACGCAGCUUGCUUAGCAAUACGGGUAGUUCAAAUGAUCAGCAACAGCUGCACAAUGUGUGACCUCCGCUGGAGUUGAGAACUGCGGUUAAUGCGCCAGGUAUAAGCAGACAAGAAGAUUAUUACGCACGGGAAGUCAAGGAAUUGCUCGAAUGGUGCGAACGUUUCAAUAAUGGAACAAAAGAAAAUUUUCAAAAUAACUAAUAUAAAUUAUUAUAAUAUUGAUAAUUACUAAAUUUAAUUAUAAUUAAUUAUACUUAAGUACAUAUAGUCCAAGCUGAUUAUAUGUAUUGAUUAUGCCCAUUUCAGCAAACGGAAUGUGUAAUUUUAAUAGAAGUGCCAUGUACGACUCAAUUGCUAAAAUAUUAAUUCAAUUAAAUAUCAUAAUAAGACAAUUAAUUUUUGUAAUUAAUACAAAAAAUUAAUUGAAUUAAUUAAUUAAUUACUCAAAAUGU